GGCAGCUGCAGGCCUUCCACAGACCAACCACAUGCGUCAGUGACCACCAGCCAUUGGAGGUGGAGCUCAGCUCGUGUCGCAACUGAAGAAUCUCCUCCAAUGGCUGCGGCGAGGGCCCUCGCGAGCAAGCUCCUGCGGCAGCAGGGGAACACGAGCGCCCACCGGCUCCCCGGCAUGGCCGUCGGCGCGUUCGCCGGCUUCUUCAGCGCCGCAGCCGUCGCGUCGGCGUCCGACGGGGGCAACAACGCCUGCCCGGCCUACCCGUGGCCGCACGACGGGGCGCGGGGCGGGCACAAGGUGUUCAUGCAGCACGACUGCGCGGCGUGCCACUCCAUGCUCCCGUACGCUGGCCUCGCCAAGGCCGCGGCGGGACGCGGCGAGGUGGUGGCCGAGAUCGUGGUCGUCCACGAGGCGGCGCGCUCGGAGCCGGCAGCGGCGGCGACGCUCCACGGCGGCGCCUGCCCGCCGGACCUCUCCGUCAUCACGAAAAUGCUGGAAGGGCUGCGCCACAACAACCUCUUCAACGCCGAAGAGCUGAAGAAGAGGAUGGCGCUGCCGCUGCCUAACCCAGUCUGGCUGCAGUUCCUUCAGCCGCACCGUACAUGAGGAUAUCGAGGAAUUCCCAGGCAGCCUGAAUGCCGCCACAUUCUAGCGACCUACGUGCUCUGCUGCAGUGUGUUUGUAUUUCUGGCAACUGUCAUGUGUAAAAAUAACAUUGGGACCGUGUUGGAUCCUGUCUUAAUACUGAAAGAAACAGUAAACCAUAUCGCGUCAAA